AUGUCCAGCCACACGCGCCCGAGGCAGGCAACUGCACGGGAGAUACUCUCUCUGCUCAGCGCCUUGCCCCUCCUCGCCUUCGCCACGCUCACUUUCUUCUUGACCAGCAGCUGGUUGCAGUGGAGGGAUGGGACCCUGCUGGGCCGCAAGUCCCUGAGGCGGAACGCCAUGGCGAGCUUCGGGACGGUCGCCGGCGCUUUGAAGCCAGGCCAGCUCCGGACCUUGUUCUCCAGGACCACGGGCCAGGCUGUCAUUGCUUAUUGUACCAAGAAGGGCCUUGCCCACCAGUCAGUCCUGGUCAAGGAGAGUGGUGGCGAUGGCGAUGGCUUCUCCCCUGCGACGCUGCACUUCAUCGACUGUGAGCUGGAGCAGGACGGCCCCAUCUUGUUGUAUUUCCACGGCGGAGGGUUUCUCGUGCCACUGCAGUCUCCUGCCUUUGCCAUCAAGCUAGCCAUCACGGCGGGCGCCUCGCCCGUCCUCCUCGAGUACGCCCUCGCGCCCGACUGUGUGUACCCAGGCCAGCUAGCCCAGGCCCUGGCCGCGCUGCGCCUCCUCCUACAGUACCGCCACCCCUCGGACAUUAUCAUCGGCGGCGAAUCAGCCGGCGGAAACCUGGUGCUGGCCGUCCUGGCGCACUUGCAGCAGCCCAAGCCCGGGCUCGCACCGCUGGUGCUGCCGUCGUCGUCGUCGUCGUCGCCGUCAUCCUCCGCGGCAAGCUUCCGAGGCGCAUUUGCCAUCUCGCCGCGCACGGCGAACGACGGGACCGCAGACAGCUUUCAGUACAACGCCGGGAAGGACUUUAUGAGCAGGACCAGCCUCGGUAUGAUCACAGCCGCCUGGAAGCCGGCGAGGGAUGUGUGGGCCGCCCCGGUGUUGGCCCCAGAGGGGUUCUGGGAUCACCUCAAGGCGGACAGGAUGCUUUUGAUCGUUGGCGGCGACGAGGUGUACCGGAGCGAUGUAUGCCGCGUGGCCAAGGUGAUGGGGGCUGUGGAUGUGGGCGUCAAAGAACGCAAGUUGGUAUCAAAGCCCGAAAAGGAAUCAGAUCCGGCGUUGCAGUUGAUUGUCUGCCCGGGAGAGAUGCACUGCCAAGCCAGCUUGGAUACGAGCCUCGGCAUUGUAGACGGGUACAUGGUCUCGUCAAUUUCUCAGUGGCUGUCAGAAUUUUGA